GCCUAUAAAUAUUGAAAGAAGACACACUUGUCCCGAAUAAAGCAGAGCUCUAUCAGUUGCCUUUUAGCUCGACUGUUGGGCCGAGUUCUUUUAAAAAACUUGUAUCUGCUACUGCUACUACUGUAUAAGCAGGGAGGGAGAGGGAGAGUGAUGGAUGGUUAUACCGUGCAUCUGGCCAUGGCAGCGCUGGUGGGGGCUUCACUGGUGGCGGUAUCUGCGUAUUAUAUGCACCGCAAAACCCUAACACAGUUGCUAGAGUUUGCCAAGACGGUUGAGAGAGAAAGAGAGAGGGAGAGGGAUUAUAACACCGAUGGAGACUCGCCGCAGCAUUUGAAGAAGCGCCGUAGCCAUGGACGGAGGAAGGGGAACGGCUAUUACCGCCGCUGCUCUGCAUCGCUGCCGGACGUCACGGUCAUUUCUGGUGGCGGUGGAGGAGUCGAUGGAGUGGAGAAGCGGAAUGGUCCGCUUCAUGUGGACGGGAUUCCCCCUGGGUUACCCAGGCUGCACACGUUACCUGAAGGUAAAGCUGCAGGACAUGUCAAGAGAGCUGGAAAUCUUAUCAGACCAACUUCCCCAAAAUCUCCCGUUCCUAGUGCUAGUGCCUUUGAGAGCGUAGAAGGAUCAGAUGAAGAAGAUAAUAUGACUGACACUUCUAAGCUAGACACUACUUAUCUCAAUACGAAUGGAAAUGCUGUUUCUGGCCCCGAGUGUAAAGGCCUAUUUGAGAAUUUGUCAAAACAAGUUAAUGCCAAUGGAGAGCAAAUUCCAAUGCCUGCUUCAAGCAUGAUUCGAUCUCAUAGUGUAUCUGGUGACUUGCAUGGUGUACAGCCUGACCCUAUUGCAGCUGAUAUUCUUAGAAAAGAGCCAGAACAAGAAACUUUUGCACGGCUUAAAAUUUCCCCUACUGAGGUACCAUCCCCUGAUGAAGUGGAGUCCUAUAUAGUUCUUCAAGAAUGCCUUGAAAUGCGAAAAAGAUAUGUAUUUAAGGAAGCAAUUGCUCCAUGGGAGAAAGAAGUUAUUUCUGACCCCAGUACACCGAAGCCUAAUCCAGAGCCAUUCUUCUAUGCUCCGGAGGGAAAGUCUGAUCAUUACUUUGAGAUGAAAGAUGGAGUCAUUCAUGUGUUUGCAAAUAAAGAUUCUAAGGAAGAACUCUUUCCAGUUGCUGAUGCAACAACCUUCUUCACUGAUUUGCAUCACAUACUUCGAGUUAUUGCAGCUGGGAAUAUCAGAACUUUAUGCCAUCAUCGGCUGAAUCUUCUAGAACAAAAAUUCAACCUUCAUUUGAUGCUUAAUGCGGAUAGGGAGUUUCUUGCCCAGAAAAGUGCUCCGCAUCGUGACUUCUAUAAUGUUAGAAAAGUGGAUACACAUGUUCAUCACUCAGCAUGCAUGAACCAGAAACAUCUUUUAAGGUUUAUUAAGUCAAAAUUGAGGAAAGAGCCCGAUGAGGUUGUUAUAUUUCGGGAUGGAACUUACUUGACUUUGAAGGAAGUGUUUGAGAGCUUGGAUUUGACUGGGUAUGACCUUAAUGUUGACCUUUUGGAUGUUCAUGCUGACAAGAGCACAUUUCAUCGCUUUGAUAAGUUCAACCUUAAGUAUAAUCCAUGUGGUCAGAGUAGGCUCAGGGAGAUUUUCCUUAAACAAGACAAUCUUAUCCAAGGUCGUUUCCUUGCUGAGCUGACAAAACAAGUGUUUUCUGAUCUUUCCGCAAGCAAAUAUCAGAUGGCUGAAUAUCGAAUAUCAAUAUACGGCCGCAAGCAAAGUGAAUGGGACCAAUUAGCUAGCUGGAUAGUGAACAAUGAAUUGUACAGUGAGAAUGUUGUUUGGUUAAUUCAGCUUCCAAGACUGUACAAUGUGUACAAGGAAAUGGGGAUUGUGACAUCAUUUCAGAACAUUCUUGACAAUAUCUUUAUUCCACUCUUUGAGGUUACUGUGGAUCCAGAUUCACAUCCACAGUUGCAUGUUUUCUUAAAACAGGUUGUUGGAUUGGAUUUGGUUGAUGAUGAAAGCAAGCCUGAAAGACGCCCUACAAAGCACAUGCCUACACCAGCUCAAUGGACCAAUGUGUUCAAUCCUGCAUUUUCAUAUUAUGCAUAUUACUGUUAUGCUAACUUGUACACUUUAAACAAGCUUCGUGAAUCAAAGGGCAUGACGACUAUCAAAUUCCGGCCACAUUCUGGAGAGGCUGGUGACAUUGACCACCUUGCUGCUACAUUUCUGACGGCUCAUAACAUUGCACAUGGGAUUAAUUUGAGAAAGUCUCCUGUGCUUCAAUAUUUAUACUAUCUAGCUCAGAUUGGCCUGGCGUUGUCUCCUCUAAGCAACAAUUCCUUAUUUUUAGACUACCAUCGGAAUCCAUUUCCUAUGUUCUUCCUACGAGGUCUCAAUGUUUCCCUGUCAACAGAUGAUCCACUCCAAAUCCACCUGACAAAGGAACCUUUGGUGGAAGAAUACAGCAUAGCUGCUUCUGUGUGGAAGUUGAGUUCAUGUGAUCUGUGUGAGAUAGCCCGGAAUUCGGUAUAUCAAUCAGGUUUCUCACAUGCUCUGAAGUCACACUGGAUUGGGAAAGAGUACUACAAGAGGGGGCCAGAAGGAAACGAUAUUCGCAAGACAAAUGUGCCUCACAUCCGAGUGGAAUUUCGUGAAACGAUAUGGAGAGAGGAGAUGCAACAGGUCUAUCUUGGCAAGGCCAUUAUCCCUGAAGAAGUGGACAAGUAAAUAGCAAGGAAUUGCUCAUAGUCCAUUCAUAAUGUGAUUAUGUAUAACUAUAAAGGAAGCGAAGAAUUUUGCUUGCUCAGUUAGAAUUUUGAGAAGGGCAGCAUGCAUCUGUUCAUGCUAACUGAGAACUGGAUCAACAAGCUAAAGAUAAAUUGAACUUUGUUCGAGAACCAAGACCAUAUACCUGAUAAAAUUGGUGUGACUUUGAUGACAUCUGGAUUACAGCAACAAGAUGGCAACAUUGUGCCCGCUGAAAUAACUGAAUGUGGUCUGCCAUGUUAGACGUAGCUUAAGGUAAAAUGAUAUUAUACAUCAUAGAAUGAAUUUUGUUGCGUUAGAAUAUAAUAGACAAUAAAAUGGGCAAAGGGCAAGAAUGAUCUCUUGCUUCCUUGUCUUUCAGAUGAAUGCUUCAUCAAAUUUUGAAUGUAUUUCUGAUCACAGUUUAAGAAAGUUUUGUAUUGUGAGCAAAGAAAUUUCAUUGUUUCUUC